ACAAAUGGCAGCUUCAAUCUGUCUGAUGCUGUGGGUGUUACUCAUAGCAGACACUGUGUGGAUGCAGAAUGUGAGACAGGCCUAUGAAGCACCGGAUCCAGAGGACUGGGAUGUGCAUGAUGACUUCUACUGUCCCAGAGAAUGCUUCUGUCCACCCAGUUUCCCUACUGCCUUAUACUGUGAGAACAGAGGGCUCACAAAAAUCCCCAUCAUUCCUUCAAGGAUCUGGUACCUCUACCUGGAAAACAACCUGAUAGAGACCAUACCAGAGAAGGCAUUUGCCAAUGCGACCCAGCUGAGAUGGAUCAACUUAAACAAGAACAAAAUAACCAAUUACGGGAUUGAGAAGGGGGCCUUAAGCCAGCUGAAGAAGCUUCUUUUCUUGUUUCUAGAAGACAAUGAGCUAGAGGAGGUACCUUCUCCACUGCCAAGAAGUUUGGAACAAUUACAACUAGCUAGAAACAAGGUAUCCAGAAUCCCUCAGGGGACCUUCAGCAAUCUGGAAAACCUGACCCUUCUUGAUCUACAGCAUAACAAACUGUUAGAUAAUGCCUUCCAAAGAGAUACCUUCAAGGGUCUUAAGAACCUCAUGCAGCUAAAUAUGGCCAAGAAUUCCCUAAGGAACAUGCCCCCAAGGUUACCAGCCAACACCAUGCAACUGUUUCUGGACAACAACUCCAUUGAAGAAAUACCUGAAAAUUAUUUCAAUGUGAUUCCUAAAGUGGCCUUCCUGAGACUCAACCACAACAAGCUGUCAGAUGCAGGCCUCCCGUCAAGGGGUUUUGAUGUGUCCUCGAUUCUAGACCUUCAACUGUCUCACAAUCAGCUCACAAACUUCCCCCGAAUCAAUGCUAACCUGCAACACCUUCACCUCGAUCACAACAAAAUUAAAAAUGUGAACAUCUCUGUAAUAUGUCCCACCACACUGCGUGCAGAACAGGAUGCCUUCAUUCACGGACCUCAACUGAGCUACUUGCGUCUGGAUGGAAAUGAAAUCAAGCCACCAAUCCCAAUAGAUUUGGUGACAUGCUUCAAGCUUCUUCAGGCUUUCAUCAUAUAAAAUACAGCUUCACCAAAUCCAACCUGGUUUAAGAGUAGAUGUGUGUGGUAUGAGAUUUGAUUGCUACUCCUAGAUUUAGGCCACAAACAACAUUUGAAGUUGUUUUCAACCACCAUUUUUGUAUGCGUAGCUAUUGUUUCUAUUCAAAGAUGCUUUGGUCAGUGACAUACAAAAACCUGUUCUAUCAGUUUGCUUUUCUCUGAUUAACAAAACUGACACAGAGCUGAGAUAGCCUCUCAACUCAAAGCUAUUUUUUCCCUUUGCAGAUACUAACAGCAAAUAAUGUUUUUUUUUUUUCAUUGUUACACAUUCAAAAUGAUUAGCUUGGAUAUGACCAAUUUAUUUGUUCUGGUAAUGUGUAUUUCCUGUAAACACAAAAAUGAGAAAGCAGUGGGAAGCUCUGAAGAAAAUGAAUAAAUGAAAUAUCCCUAUCAUAAUUAUUAUGAAGCUACUUACUAUUCAACUGCUUCAUAAAAAGAGAUACCUGGUCAUUAGAAUUAAACAGUAAAGCAGGAGAGAGAGAGUGUCUAGUCACUUUGGAUUAAAUAAGAAAGCAGGAGACACUGGUGGUUUAUUAUCAUUUCCUAUCUAUAUUUUUCUUAGAUCUUAUGCACUUUCUCCAGCAACUAAAAUCCCUAAAAUUUGCAGUUAUUAUAACACAGUUCUCAUAGAAACGCACUGUACUAACAUGGGAAUUUCUCUCAAAGUG